GGUGAGGGUGAGGUAGGUAUGAGAACGGUGGCGGUCAUUGCCACCACAGCCGGUCUUACUCUUUUACUAAUUCUUGACUUAAUUCGACGAAACAGACGGAACCUUUUUACAAAAUCGAUUAUUUUGACAGGACACCUGGCCUCUAAGCCACCAGCCGGUUGAAGACACAUCGAUGGCCAAACGCAGCCGCGACUUCGUCGUCGAUGAGGAACGAGCCCGACUAGCAGUCAAUUCAAUCCUUCCUCACGAUGAGGAUUCAGAAGACUAUCAGACCCACAAGAAACAGCGGAAGGAGAGCGAUGAAGAGAGUCCGGAUCACAACCCUAGGUUUGGAUCGGAUGUACCUGAAGAUGAUCAAUAUCAUCGAAUAAAGCAAGAAAGUGACGAAGAGGCUUCAAAUCUCAAAAAUUACGAGUCUGACAUACCCAAAGAUGGCCAGCAUGUAACCAAGCAAAAUCUCCAUGAAGAUGUUAGUAGUGACUCUAGACAAUAUGAAAAACCUAAAUUCUAUCAAGAUUCUGAAGCAGAAUCAGAUCUGAAAGGGAAGAAUGUAAAGAAUGAAAUCUCUGCCGAAGCAUCAACAUCCAAUUCAACACCCCCUUCAAAAGAAACGUUGUGUGAUGUAGUUGCUGCACAUUAUAACAAUGUACCUGAGUCUGGACUGGAUGAGCGUAGCAGGAGCCGUAUUUUACAUCUUCGAAAUUUCAACAAUUGGAUCAAAAGCAUGUUGAUAGAUGAGUUUGUACAAAAGGUCCGGGAAACAAAGCCCAGAGGGUCAAGUCUUAAAGUUCUGGACAUGGGCUGUGGGAAAGGAGGUGAUUUGUUUAAGUGGCGUCAAGGAAAGAUAACACAUCUUGUGUGUACUGAUAUUGCUGCUACAUCAGUUGAACAAUGCAAGGAGCGCUACAAUGAUGUGAAACAGCGGGCACAACGAGAGAGAAAUUUUGCACCAAUAUUUUCAGCAGAGUUUAUUGUAGCUAACUGCACCAAGGAGCGCCUGCGCGAACGGUACAGUGAUGUGACAAUGCAAUUGGAUCUGGUGAGUUGCCAAUUUGCAUUUCACUAUUGCUUUGAAAGCUUACCUCAAGCGGAAUGUAUGAUGCGUAACGCCGCAGAAUGUUUAAGACCAGGUGGUUAUUUCUUUGGUACCUGCCCCAAUGCAAAUGCUAUAGUGUCAAGAGCCCGUAAAGCUGGAGGCAGACAAUUUGGCAAUGAUGUGUAUUCUGUGGAAUUUGAGACUCCUUUAGAUGAAGAACAGCCUCCACCAAUCUUUGGAGCAAAAUACAACUUCCAUAUGGAAGGGGUUGUAGACUGUCCAGAAUUCUUGGUACAUUUCCCAACUUUCAUAAGAUUAGCAUCAAGAUUUGGUUUAGAUUUUGUAGUUUGUGAACCUUUUCAAUCUUUUUUUGACCGAAUGAAAGAAAAUGGGCGAGGACUCCUUGGCAAAAUGCAGGCUUUGGAAACAUACCCACCAUUUCCUGACCAAACCUUGAUGGGCCCAUUGUCCCAGUAUGAACAUGCUGAAGCUGCUUUGAAGAAGAAUCCUACCUCACAGAAGAUGGGGACCCUAAGUGCAGCAGAGUGGGAGGCAGCCACUCUAUACCUUAUUUUUGUGUUUAAAAAAGCUGCUUCAUAAUCAUUGC